CCUCACCUCCUACCUAUUGAUUCUACAACAAGCAAUUCUUAGUGAGGGUCACUCGCUCACCUUGUUACCUUCACCUGGUCACGUUUCCCUUCCAGAUGGCCAGCAUCCAUCUCCUCCUUGUGAUCCUCGCUCUGGUGGCGUCUGUGAGCGGGGAGACCUCCCUACCCCACUGUAAAAUUGACUGCAGCGGUUACAGUACUCAUCACCUGACAGCCGACCCUUUAGACCGUCACAGAUUCUAUAAAUGCGAUAGUACAACAACGUGGUAUGAGGAGUCAAUUCCCUGCAACUCCGGGUAUGAUUUCGAUAUUAAUACUCACGACUGUAUGAAUCCUAGUGACCCAAAGUACAAACCUACACCACCUUGUGACAAAUGUAGCUUUGACUGCGCGACCGUAGUGGACGGCAAACGCACGUUCCUAGCAACCUGUAAUUUUUAUAUAGAAUGUAUUGGGGGCUUUGACGGAGAGGUGAAAGCAUGUGGCAGUAGCACUCCAUAUUUCGGUGGUAUGAAUUGUGAAGCAAAUGCAAGUAAUUGCUGUACAUGUCAGCCACAUUGCACUGACGAAGAUAUAACUAAUAAUAAGUUUAUUCCUGAUAAAUUCAACUGCACGAAAUUCUACCUUUGUUCCGCUAGUGGAAUGAUUCACGUUGACUGUGAUGAAGGUAAUUUUGAUGAGGAGCAACAGGAGUGUAGGGUAGGUGCCCCCUGUAAUGAAGAGUGCUGAACACUUGAUGUGUGACGAAUCUCAAAUCUGCAAGGAGGCGGAGAUCUUGGCCUGCCAGGAUGGUAACGUCCUGGUCCCACCUGCAUCAACCCGACGACUGCUCGUUCUGGCUUCAGUAUUGAUCGUCUCUCCCACCAUAACCAUGUUGUGUCGUUGAUACUGAUAUUAAAACACAAGUAUUCUCUCAUCGUCGCCAGGCACUGCUCACUCCUUCAUGAAAAAUUAAUGGACUUUGUCACACAAAUAUGUUUAGAUACUGAUUAAUUUAUUUGUUAGAGCAGUUAUUAGUUAGUUUAACAAAUUUAUUGGCAAAGCUUGUAGUACAGUUUGCCUAUUCUGAUUAGAGCAGUUAACAAAGGCUUAUAUGACUGCAUAGUUUCCGCCAUGAUCAUGAUGCAUUAUUUUGUGUAUAUGUGUGUGUGGUAAAUAGGUUUACUGGGGACUGUGAGGUGAAAUAAAAGGUAAUAAAUGUUCUAAUGGUUUAUAUGUCUUGUUAUUCAUUAUACAUUAUUCUACCCAUGUAUGAAGAUUUAGUAUUAUGAUGACUUAAGUCAGAAUAAACAAUGUUAUAUUCUUUCC